AUGAGCCCUGGCCCAUCGUCUCCCCACCCACGUGUCCUCGCUGCUGCUGGUUCGCCCCUUGUUGGCCAUAUGCACCCGUCGCUGCUCGGUGCGGUGGAUGACGUGCGCGAGUGGCUCAAGUACGUCUUUCAGACGCGCAAUCGGUUCACGCUCGGCGUCAGCGGCUCCGGCCACGCCGCCAUGGAAGCCGCAGUCAAUGCCGUUGUGGCUCCUGGCGAUGUCGUGCUGGUCGCGGUGAACGGCAUGUGGGGCGAGCGAAUGGCGCUGCUCGCGCGGCGACACGGCGGCGACGUGCGAACGAUCCAGGCGCCUCUGGGGAGUCGAGCGCCGCUGGAAGGGCUGGGGGAGCUUUGCCCUAAGAAUGGUGAGAGCAUGGCCUUGAAGCAGCCGCCUGAGGGGUUGGGCGAGCUCUAUCAUAAGCACGGUGCGCUGCUGGUGGUGGAUGCGAUUUGCACGGUGGGAGGGGUGCCUGUUUUGAUGGACCAGUGGGAUAUCGAUGUGUGUUACAGCGGGUACGUGGCCGGAGCUUUUUGGGGCGUUGAUGGCAAACCACAUGUGUACCAUCACACAUCGAUCGGCAGCAACAUCAUGGCCAUCAGGGAGGCACUAGCUUUGGUGGUGGACGAGGGACUGGAGAGCGUGUGGCACCGCCACCAAUCGCUGGCUGACAAGCUCUGCGCUGGUAUCGAGGAGUCUGACCCCCACACCCCAACCCCCCGCCCCUCGUCCCUCCUCUCCUCCUCCACCCACCAGCUUGGCCUAGAGCUAUUCGUGAAGGACCCCGCCAUCCGCCUGCCCACCGUGACAACCAUCAAGGUGCCCGAGGGCGUGCAGUGGGCGCACGUGACGGCUUACCUCAUGGAGAAAUACAACCUCGAGAUUGCCGGGGGGCUGGGACCCACCGUUGGCAUGUGGGCGCAGGUGACGGCUUACCUCAUGGAGAAAUACAACCUCGAGAUUGCUGGAGGGCUGGGACCCACCGUUGGCAUGGUGUGGCGAAUUGGCAUAAUGGGCAACAACGCUCGUCCGGCCAACAUAGCUCUCGUGCUGCGAGCACUCAGAGACGCUCUGCACCAUGUGUGGCGAAUAGGCAUAAUGGGCAACAACGCUCGUCCGGCCAACAUAGCUCUCGUGCUGCGAGCUCUUAAGGACGCUCUGCACCACGUCGGCUUCCUGCCCCCUCCAUUCACCCACCAUUUCCCCUCCUUCCCCCCUCCGUUUCCCCCUCCAACCCUCCUUCCAUCUCCGCCUUUCCUCCCCUGUCGCCUAUCAGGUGUGGCGAAUUGGCAUAAUGGGCAACAACGCUCGUCCGGCCAACAUAGCACUCGUGCUGCGAGCACUUAA